UCGUCACCUAGGCGAAGUUUUGUUUACUUCCGGUUUUUGUGAGAGGAAAACAGCUCGAGUAAAGGAGAUUAAAGUGAUGAGAGAUGGACACAGAAGACGAUAUACCGGAAACAGGUGCAGUUUUCACAUUUGGAAAAAGCAAAUUUGCAGAUAACACCCCAAGUAAAUUUUGGCUUAAAAACGACAUUCCCCUGAAAAUCUCUUGUGGUGAUGAACAUACGGCGCUGAUAACAGAAAAUGGAAAACUCUUCAUGUUUGGCAGUAACAACUGGGGUCAGCUCGGUUUGGGAUCCAAAGUGAGCGUGACCAAGCCAAUGUGUGUCAAAGCCCUUAAAUCAGAGAAAGUGCAGCUUGUCGCCUGUGGAAGAAAUCACACCAUCAUCUGCACAGCUCGGGGGAAUGUGUACGCCACAGGUGGGAACAGCGAUGGCCAGCUGGGUCUCGGUGACUGCGAGGAGAGAACGUCCUUCCAGCUUGUUGCUUUCUUUGCUUCGUACGCACCGAUGAAAAUGGUCGCUGCUGGUUCAAACACCUCAGCUGCUCUCACCGAGAGCGGGAAGCUGUUCAUGUGGGGCGACAACACCGAGGGUCAGAUCGGGCUGGGGAAGGAGAGCCACGCCUCCUCGCCACAGGAGGUCAGCGUAGGACAGCCUGUGUCCUGGGUGUCAUGUGGUUACUACCACUCUGCCUUUGUGACAGUGGGUGGCGCCCUGUACACAUUCGGUGAGCGUGACAGCGGUAAACUGGGUCUGGGCACCGACCAGCUGGCCAGACACAGAGUCCCUCAGCUGGUGAAGACCAUCACAGAACCCGUUACCCAGGUAGCCUGUGGCGGCGGCCACACCGUGGUGCUCACAGAGGACAGCGUGUACACAUUCGGGCUCGGUCAGUUUGGGCAGCUUGGCCACGGGACCUUCAUCUUUGAGUCUCGACUGCCACGCCUGGUGGACCACUUCAGGAAGGGACGUGGCUGCCAGGUGGCGUGUGGGGAGAACCACACAGCUCUCAUCACAGACCGCCGUUUGCUCUACAUGUACGGAGACGGACGACAUGGAAAACUGGGUCUGGGAGACGAGAACUUCACCAACCAGUUCAAGCCCACUCUGUGUCCACGUUUCCUCAAGUACCAGGUUCAGGCGGUGGCGUGCGGCGGCUGUCACACGGUGGUUUUGGCGCAGCCCAGAACACAGAACUGCGGCGACGUGCUGCUGGAGGACGAUGACGUGACGGAGGUUUACCUGGAGAAACCAUACGUGGAGUUGCUGGGUGACACGGUGGACUCCUCCACAGUGCAGCGGAGCCUCUCUGCUCGGGUCCGCAGGAGAGAAAGGGAGCGAUCGCCGGACCAGUUUGGCACCAUGGUCCCCUCGGUGCCUGCCCAGGUGCCCGUCACCGUCAGCCGGCUGCCGCCACCUGUCUCCAGCCAGACCGUCCCAGCCAGAGGGUCUCCAACCGAAUGGGCCCACAGAGAGGUGCUGAACGGCCUUCAUCGACACGACAGCUCAGGAUCCGCCCACAACGAUAACGGUGAGACAGACAGCGCGGUGGAGAGCCUGACUGACGCGGACAGUGUCAAAGGUCUGGGAGAGUCGACAGACGUCCUCAACAUGACACACGUGAUGAAGAUGGACCUCAGUGAGGAAACAUUCACACUGUCUCCGGUUCACAAGGGUUUGAAAGGUCACACGUGGAGCAAAUAUAAGGAAGAAGAUGUGCAAGAGGAUGAUGCCGCUGAAGCUGAGGAGGAGGAUGAAGAUGACGAUGAUGAUGCAGAGGAAAUGACAUCAGCUGAGACAGACAAACCAGCAGAAGAAAAAGACGGUUGUGAAGAUACGAAGCCUGAAGAGCAGAAAAAACAACCUCAGCCUGAUGGACAGCAGACAGGGUACAAACUAUCCCUGCUUGUCCCCACGUCAUUUCCAUCAUCUGUAGCACACAUUCGGCUUAAUUACCUCCACCAAGGAGUGUCUGAAACAGCAUUGAACGAUUCUGAGGAACCAGAUGCGUCUGUUGAGAACCUGAAGAGCCAAUCAGGUCCCAGUAAGAAGCUCUCUUUCUUCAGGCGGUUGUCUUCUUCCAGAUCGAAGCAGGAGACCGACCAAACUGUUAGCAAGGACACAUCUCUCCACGAAGAGCCGUCCCCUGCUGAUGACCAGGGAAACAGCAGCCCGCCAUUAAACAGAGGAGAAGCACAGCAGAAGGUUCUGUCCUCAAGGACCAAGGGGCCACAAUCUGGUACCUGCUGUGUGCUGUAACUCUAAGGACAAAAGGUCUCAGGGGACAGUGGCCUUCAAGAAGUCCAACUGAAGUAUUCACAGGAAAAUUAGCAUCAAAUGAUGCUUACUAGUAGUUCCCUUCAGGAAGGAUCAUGAAACCCAGGACAUGGUCCCAAAUUAAUCUGAAUUCAUGGUCUGCAGUUUGGACCCAAACAUUUUGAUCAGAACAGAGCCAAGAAAAUCUUCCACACAAAAAAAGCUUUGAUCCCAUAAGACUGGAGUUGAUCCAAAAUGGAUCUGUAAUUAAUUAGACCCAACCUGAGAAGGACCA